AUGCGUCACAUCUCGCCUGCUCCCAUCGUCUUCCUGUUCACGCUCAGUGUCUGCGCUGAGGCUCUCCAGAACUCCGCCAAUCCAUCGGCCAUAGCCUUCGCGACUCUCCUCUGCGACGAUGAGACUCUUCCGGCAAUCGAAGCGCUGGGCAACUCCCUCCGCAUCGCCCACCACAAGGAGCCCCUCCUCGUUAUCAUCCCCCCGUCUGUCUCGGCCCCUUCCCUGAAACGCUUGAAAUCCAUGAAAAACGCGCGCGCCGUCGAGACCGAAAGCCUGCGGUAUCCGUUCAACUCGACAACGGAUCGCAUGAGUAUUAACAAGCCGUGUCGGUUUUUGAAACUGCAGCUCUGGGGUCUGUCAGAGUGGUCGAAGAUCGUAUUCUUAGACGCCGACACCAUUGUGCGCCGCAAUGUCGCAGAGCUUUUUGACUACCCCGGUUUCUCCGCCGUCAAGGACCCCGUCGGCAUGAACUACAACACGGGAGUCAUGGUUAUCGAGCCGAGCAGCUACGUGCAUAGUCUUAUCGUCCAAAACUACGCGCAUGCGGGAAGCUACAAUAUUGGCGAUCAAGGUGCUUUGAACGCGCUUGUCAGCUUCGAUGCAUGGACUCCACUGCCAACGCAGUACAACACGUUCCACACCGCGUCCGGGGAUGCGUUCAAAGGCGCCAAGAUUAUACACUAUUCGGGUGAUGCGAAACCGUGGAACUUCUGGCAAGCCAAGGGGCGGGGGCAUAUUCCGAUUAGGGCGAUGGUUGAAUGGUGCAAAAUGGCGAAGGAUGUGCCAACGGCGGCAUGCCAUAUGAGGGGGCCAGUGCAUGAAGGAGGAUGGGACGGCUCUGUGAACCACUAUUAUGAUUCUGAGGGGGAGGACGGCGGCGUAUCCGUGCUGCUGUCCACCUAUGAUAGGAAGAGCUGGCGAGAGUUGUCGGUUUGGUAUGCGAAAUUGGAUUUUGUCAAGGAGGUUUAUGUCGUGUGGCAAAACGCGAAAAAGGCCCACGAGAAGGCGCCGCACAAGAAAGUCAUGUUUUUGUUUCCGAAGGAUGACUCAUUGAACAAUCGGUAUUUGUCGUCACAACUGUCAUCAAAUUGCGUCUACAUUUGCGAUGAUGAUAUCUUUUUGCCAGAGCCUGCGUUUCGAAUGGCGUUUGAAGUGUGGAAGCAGAACCCGUCGAGACUGGUCGGCUUUUAUCCUAGAGUAUGGCAUCCCACCCCCGGGACCUAUUCCACAGACGUAUCCCCAGGGUAUAACAUUGUCCUAACGAAGGGGAUGUUUUCCCAUCGGUCCAUUCUCAUGGCAUACAAUUUGUUUCUACCAAAGCGACUUACGAAAAUUGUAGACGAGAAUUUGAACUGCGAGGAUAUUCUAUUCAACAUGCUUGCCGUUGGAAUGACCGGUUUGCCCCCGCUGGCUGUUUUGUCCAACGAGACAAUUUAUGACAUCGGCAAGGGUACAGGUAUUUCGGGGAAGAAGGAUUCGGCGCAUCUCAACGUGAGGGACUAUUGCGUGCAGCAGUUUUCAAAGCUUGGGAUGUCCGAUUCGGGACUGGUAUCGGAGGGGUCUGUGCUUCCGAUGGGCAUGAAGAACCAUGUCAUUGGCGCCGCGUACGAUACAUAG